CCGCACGAGCCGCACGGCGUCCCUAGUGAGCGGGCUGCUCACCGAGCUGUACAGCUGCGCCGAGGAGGAGGAGGCGACGGGCGGCGGCCGCGGGCCCUGGGGCCGCCAGCGGCGCUGCGACAGCCUGGACAGCUCCACCGAGGCCUCGGGCUCCGACAUGUUCCCGGGCGGCCGCGGCGGCGCGGGCGACUCCCGCGUGCUGCAGGAGCUGCAGGAGCGGCCGAGCCAGCGGCACCAGAUGGAGUACCUGCGGCAGAAAGACACUAAUGAACUGAAGACAAUCCUUCGAGAGCUGAAGUACAGGAUUGGCGUUCAGUCGGCAAAGUUACUUCGGCAGCUAAAGCAGAAAGAUAGGCUUCUGCAUAAAGUACAGAAGAACUGUGAUAUCGUGACUGCCUGCCUGCAGGCUGUGUCACAGAAGAGAAGAGUCGAUACAAAGUUGAAGUUCACUCUUGAGCCAUCUUUAGGUCAAAAUGGUUUUCAACAGUGGUAUGACGCGCUCAAGGCAGUUGCCAGACUAUCCACAGGAAUCCCAAAGGAAUGGAGGAGAAAGGUUUGGUUGACCUUGGCUGAUCAUUAUUUGCACAGUAUAGCCAUUGACUGGGACAAAACUAUGCGCUUCACUUUCAAUGAGAGAAGUAAUCCUGAUGAUGACUCGAUGGGAAUUCAGAUAGUCAAGGACCUUCACCGCACAGGCUGUAGUUCCUACUGUGGCCAGGAGGCUGAGCAGGACAGGGUGGUGUUGAAGAGGGUGCUGCUGGCCUAUGCCCGAUGGAACAAAAACGUCGGGUACUGUCAGGGCUUUAACAUAUUGGCGGCACUAAUUCUGGAAGUGAUGGAAGGCAAUGAAGGGGAUGCCCUGAAAAUUAUGAUUUACCUUAUUGAUAAAGUACUUCCUGAAAGCUAUUUUGUCAAUAAUCUCCGGGCAUUGUCUGUGGAUAUGGCUGUCUUCAGAGACCUCUUGAGAAUGAAGCUCCCUGAAUUAUCUCAGCACCUGGAUACUCUUCAGAGAACUGCAAACAAAGAGAGUGGAGGUGGAUAUGAGCCCCCACUUACGAAUGUCUUCACGAUGCAAUGGUUUCUGACUCUCUUUGCCACGUGCCUCCCUAAUCAUACAGUCUUAAAGAUCUGGGAUUCGGUCUUCUUUGAAGGUUCAGAAAUCAUCCUAAGGGUGUCGCUGGCUAUCUGGGCAAAGUUGGGAGAGCAGAUAGAAUGUUGUGAAACAGCAGAUGAAUUCUAUAGCACCAUGGGGCGCCUUACCCAGGAGAUGCUAGAGAAUGAUCUUCUGCAAAGCCACGAGCUCAUGCAGACUGUUUAUUCUAUGGCACCAUUCCCUUUCCCACAAUUGGCAGAGUUGAGGGAAAAAUAUACCUACAACAUUACACCAUUCCCAGCCACGGUUAAACCCACCUCAGUUUCUGGACGACAUGGUAAGAUCAGAGACAGUGAUGAAGAGAAUGACCCAGAUGAUGAAGAUGCUAUUGUUAAUGCAGUGGGGUGUCUUGGACCUUUCAGUGGGCUCCUGGCACCUGAACUGCAGAAGUACCAAAAGCAAAUUAAAGAGCCAAAUGAGGAGCAGAGCCUGAGAUCUAAUAACAUUGCAGAGCUGAGCCCAGGAGCAAUCAAUUCCUGUCGGAGCGAAUACCACGCAGCUUUUAACAGCAUGAUGAUGGAACGCAUGACCACAGAUAUCAAUGCACUGAAGCGGCAGUACUCUCGAAUUAAAAAGAAGCAACAGCAGCAGGUUCAUCAGGUGUACAUCAGGGCAGGCUCUAAAGAAGAAAAAGAGCAGGCAGCUGAUGACAAAGGGCCGGUGACCAGCAUUCUCCCGUCUCAGGUAAACAAUUCUCCAGUUAUAAACCACCUUCUUCUAGGAAAGAAGAUGAGAAUGACAAACAGAGCCGCCAAGAACGCUGUCAUCCACAUCCCUGGCCACGCGGGGGGCAAAAUAUCUCCCGUCCCCUACGAAGACCUUAAGACGAAGCUCAACUCCCCUUGGCGAACUCAUAUCCGAGUCCACAAGAAGAACGUGCCGAGGACCAGGAGUCACCCGGGCUGCGGGGACACCGUAGGGCUGAUAGAGGAGCAGAGCGAGGCCUGCAAGCCCAGCCGGCUGGGGGCGGCAGAGGCGCUGUCCUCGGGCUGCGCAGCCGCGGGCGCGGCGCGGCGGGAAGGCGGCGGCUCGGAGGGCGCAGGCGCGGGCAGGACGAUCGAGGGCCAGUCCCCGGAGCCCGCGUUCGCAGACGCCGACGCCGACGUGUCCGCGGUGCAGGUGAAGCUGGAGGCCUUGGCCCUGACCCAGAGGGCGGCGGCGGCGGCUGCAGCGGAGCCCACGGCGCACCCACCCCGCCAGCAGCACUGCCCCGAGCCGCCCGGCGCGCCGGGGGAAAGCAAAGCCACCAGCAGAGCUCCCCACGGCUGCAACUCGAAAACCAUCUUCAGCCCCUUCCCCAGUGUGAAGCCGCUGCGGAAGUCAGCCACCGCCAGGAAUUUGGGGUUAUACGGACCGACCGAGAGAACCCCGACCAUGCACUUUCCUCAGAUGAGCCGGAGCUUCGGCAAGGCCGGCGGUGGCAACGGCGGCACCAAGAAACGGUGAUGUCCCCGCAGACACCGCGUCUGAGACUCGCCUCCUCCCGGGGGCGGGCGGCGCCGGGUCCCCGCUGAACGGCUCCGGAAGAGUUUUCGUCUGUCCAGUAGAUAGGCUCAGAGACGAGCGGCGGUGUGUAAAGUGGGAGUUGGAAGUCUUGAAAUGGGAGUUAGCAUAGGGAGAUUUUCCCGUCCACCUGAUAACGGACGAAGUGGAUUCUUGUGGCUAAAUAAAUAUCGUGGUUUGAAAGUGUAAAGUUUCCCCAGGUUUUCAUUGUGAGCUAUUUAGAAAAGAAUGUCAACCUAGACUGUUAACCUUCCUUCUUCCAUCCUCCUGUUCUGAGGGCCUUCGGGGUCCCUGCGACAGCAGCCCCCAGACCUUCCAGUUCUCUGAGUGUUACACCAAUACUCAAGCAUGCACACACCAGCCUGCUGGAACAGAAGCUGUAAAAAGAAAGUUUCUUUGUUGCAAAAAAACUUCCCGAUGUUCCCCUUCAUGCUCUGUUGGAGGGAUUGUUUGUAUGUGUGAGUUUUUCCUCAGUGCCAGUCUCAAAAUUGUUUUGUCUUUGUUUUCUGCUAAAGUGUAGGAGAAAAUUCUAGAUAGCCUUUCUUUAACUUUCUACCUGCAAAAUGAAGAAAACCUUUAUUCUGUUGAAGUUUAGGUUGAUAACCAGCCUGAAGACCUUAUGCAGAGAAUAGGAUAUACAUAGGAUAUACUUUAAGCAGUUGCUCUGAACAGCUUGCUCAUGCCACUGAGCUUUUCCCCAGGUUCAUUUUCUCCUCUCGAGGAGAGCUGUGGUCCUCAGUGGUACGGAUGACUUGGUGGGCUCCCCGUGGCGCUCGAGGGCGUCCUCUGCCCUCUGCCAGGCCACGCAGCUCACUCACCCACCCACCAGCUCUCCACCGUAGACGCACAAGGCCUCUGCUCAGAAGCCAGAACACAGCCCCUGUGACUCUGUUACUUGAAUUUUGUGCUUUUUUGAUUGGAGUCCUUCGUUGAGUACUUUGUUACUUGAACACUGCCUUCCUCCAGAGACGGCCCCAGUGCUUUCUAGCUUUCUCUCGCCCACUCCUGCCUGGGCCCAGCGGGUCAGAGAGAGCACCUCUUGUCUCCACUAUGCAGAUGGGAACUCUGAGCCACAAAGAGGUGAAUAGCACUUCAGUUACUCAAGGGAAAUCCUCCUGGUAUUCCAUGUGACUUAGCCACGUUUCCUCCAGUGCAAUAGGUGGGUGUAAUGCUCUUUGCACACAGGUGCAUUGGCUACCUAGGUGUCAAAACCAAGACUGGGAAGCCAUUCACUAUACUCCCUCCUGACUCAAAGGACCUUUUCUCCAGAUGGCACAGAGUUCUGUGAUGGCAUUUCACAGAACCAGAUCUGACUUCCUUAUCCUGAAAAGGGAUUUUAAAAUGCUUCAUGCACCUGCCAUUUGGCUAAACAAAAGGCUCCCUCCUCGGUCCCCUACUCCCCACCUUCAUUAGCAGAAUAGACUUAGCAUCUUUAUCUUUAUCUCUGGAAGACUUUUGGUGAUGCUUGGCAGGAGUAUUGUUGAUGAAUUCAAUAUUAAUUGGAGCUAAUUGGGUUGCUAAUUCUGAAACCAAAGCUAUAAUUUUGGAGAGGGCUUUUACUCUGAGAGGUACUAAUUUUUAUAAUAAAGUAGAGAAUGUGGUUGUGUGGGCUUUUUUGAACAAAACAUAAGAAUGUCAUAUUCAGUGAGAAAAGCUAUUUUAUCCCUUUUGUGGUAUUUUUACCCCCAAAGGAACUGAAGAUGGAAAAGAUGACUAAUAAGUUACUGCAGUUUUGGUCUUGCAUUCUGUACCAUCUGAAGUUAGCAUGCAGCUUCUUAAAAAGCAGCCACACCCACAACCUAUUUCUUGGGAAGGCUGUGGGUGGAGAGUUGGGCUUACUUUGCAUACCACCCCCAGGAAACCCACUGCAUUUUCCAAAGUGAAGCAAAUGACACGAGUCUCUUCCUUCUGUUAAACUUUACGGAUAAGAAUGAUUCCACCUCAUAUUCUUUUCUUCUCCCCCUUCCCAAAUGAGUCAGAAUGGCUAUUCUGACUUGACAUCCCUCAAGGAGAACAUGAGAAUUGUUCUUUCCUCUCUCAAAUCAGCUCACUAGCUCCCUGAUGGUUGAGGUUCCAGACGGGUGGAGGCCAGUUCCCACCGAGUGCGUGGGGCUGCACCAUGGCCCUCUACCAGCUGUCUUAGUGUUACCAGCACAUGAUGUGCCCUGGGAACUCUCUCUUCUCACCCAUGUCCUGGGGUGGGUCUUCCUGAGAAGGGGAUGGAUAAAAUGGCUCACAGUUUGGGAUAAGUAUAUGUUGAAAGAAUGAAUGACUAACUGAAAGGAUGACAGUCCUUUGAGAUAAAAAUUACCUUGUCAGAAUUUUAAAAAAAUCCAACAGAUUCCUUUUAAAGCACUCUUGUACCACUAACAUGCAUGCAUUAUACCAAAUCAUCACAGUGUGAGUUGGUCAAUUUAUGAGCCUUGCCUACUUUAGAAAAUAAAGAAUUCUGCAGUAGCCUCUACCACCCAGCAUGUGCAAAGACCAGUACAGACUUGCUAUCUUCCCUAUGUAUUGGACACUGUAUGCAAACACCAGAAGUACUUAACAAGUAGCAGUUUCUUGAUUUUUAGAUCUGUCUGCAGCCUCUUAGCACUUCUGCUGGGAGCUGACUCAUUCCGAUACCUCUGUCCUCCUACAAAAGCAUCCAGAUGAUCUAGACCUAGUUUGUAAUGUUACCCUAUCAGCUGUAGCUGUUUGGAAUUAUUGUAUUCCUUUUUUUGUCUCUCUUGUUGUUCCGAAGAAUUGUAUUGAUUACAAAGAUAUAUGCAUAAAGAUUCUCUUUGUUGUA